GACCCUUACACUUAAAACCUGCUCUCUCACUCUUUAGCAGUUAAGCUGCUUCAAUCCACACACCCACCUACUCUCUCUUUCUAAAAACUCAAUAAAAAUCCCAUCUUUUUUUUUUUUUAUUAUUCUUGCUUUCUCUCUCUUCAUUCUUUCAUUUAUUGCUUCCCUUCGCACACGCUUAUUCAUUCACUUCCUUCAUUCAUUGAUUUCAGAAGAAAAGAAAAGGUUUUCACUACUAGGUGGGAAAAAAAGAAGAGAGAGAAGCUCUUUUGGGUUUUCACUGUUUCAGUGACAGGAAGAGAUGCCUCUGGUGAGGUUGGAGGUGAGGAAUGAGUUCGGUUUGGGGCAGCCUGAGCUCUACAGAGAGACCAACAGAGAAGACCCUAAAGCUGUGUUGGAUGGUGUGGCUGUGGCGGGCCUCGUUGGGAUCUUGAGGCAACUUGGUGAUCUUGCUGAUUUUGCAGCAGAGGUUUUUCAUGGUCUGCAGGAGCAAGUAAUGACAACAGCUUCUAGGAGUCAUAGAUUGAUGGUUCGUGUUCAAAACAUUGAAGCUUCCCUACCUCCCUUGGAGAAGGCUGUAUUGGCACAAACAAGCCACAUACAUUUUGCUUACACAGCUGGUUGUGAAUGGCAUCCACGAAUAAAAACUGCUCGAAAUCAUUUCAUUUACAAUGACUUGCCUCACUUUAUUAUGGAUUCAUAUGAAGAAUGCCGUGACCCUCCACGCAUGCACUUGCUUGAUAAAUUCGAUACUGGUGGCCCAGGAUCUUGUUUCAGGAGAUAUUCAGAUCCAGCCUUCUUCAAGAGAGUAUCUGCAGAUUCAGAUGAAUCAUACCCUGCGAAGACUGAAACAGCUAGGAAAUCCCGUAAAAAGAAGAAAAGGUCAUCACGAAGGAAUGGAGAACUUUUGAGGGGUGAACAGAUGCAUAGCAGUAGUGGCAGAAUGCAAUCUAUUUCUUCCACUAUCAAUGGGCGAACUUCUUUCUCGCAAACAGCCUCCACAAUAGACAUGACAAUGAAAUCAGACCUGGAAGAUCAUUCAAAUUCUUUUGAUUCAAAGUCUGAUGCUGGCUACAUUGAAUGUGUUUUCCAUCCAAGGAAUUCUAUGCAAUCUGAUGAGCAGGAUUAUAAGGAACCAUCCUCUUCAAGUUUGACACAGAAAACCAAUACUCUUGAGUCAGUGUCUCCUCUUGUAGAUGAUGAUAGUAUUUCCCAUGAUUCAUUGGAAAAGCAAAUUGCCUCUAGUUCAUCUGGUGUUACUUGGGAUGAAAAGGAAGAGAUCUUGGAAUCUAAGAGUCUAGCCUGUGAUAGAGAUAAAAGUCCGGAGAGACUUGUGGAAAAUCAUGACUCAGAUAUGCAUGUCAAUGAGGCUGUUACCAUAACAAAUAUUGAUCACAAUGAUAUCCUAUUUAAUGAAGAAAUCAACCUGAGACCACUUUCGAGCCAGGUUCAAACAGAUGAUAUUGAUAGUGAACCUGACAAUUUCAUGGAUGCUCUUAACACCAUCGAAUCAGAAUCUGAAAAUGAUCUUGAUUGUGAAACAAAACGAGAGGUGCAGCAGUUCACCUCACAUGUAACUCAUGGAAUGAUUGAAAAUGGAGUUACUGAAGCUCCUAGUUUAAUCGACAAUAACUUAUCCAAUGUUGUUUCCCGGACUGGAUAUACUGUUCCCUUAAGUAAUGAAACAGGCGAGGAUUUCCCAGACUCACUGCAAGAAAAUCAUCCUCUCAUAUCAGAGCCACAUGCAUCUAAUUUGGGAUCUGUGAGUCCUUCAGAUGUUCUUGAUAGUGAAAAUAUGACCAGAGACACUGUUUCCUUAAACAAAGAAACAUUGAGGGAUUUGCCUGACUCACUGCCAGAAAUUCCUCCUCUCACAUCAGAGCCAUCUAAUAUGGGAUCUGUGGGUCCAUCAGUUGUUCCUGAUAGCGAAGAAAUGACCAGAGACACUGUUUCCUUUAACAACAAAGCAACGUUCAUGAAUUUGCCAGACUCAUUGCCAGAAAUUCCGCCUCUCACAUCAGAGCCUCAUGCAUCUAAUUCAGGGUCUGUGAAUCCACCAGAUUCUCCUGUUAGCAAAGAAAUAACCAAGAAUGUAGCUGCUUCUCAUUCCUCUGAGAGUCCCAACUGUGAACAGGUUCCUCACAAAUGUGGAAAUUCUGUUUUGGAUCAAUCUGUAUGCACUGAUACCUUAAUUGGUUCUUAUGCUGUUAAUGACCGAGUGUCAGCACCCAUUGAAACUGAUGUAUCAUUUUCUGGUUCUAAAAGCUCUAAUUUACCUGAGGAAGAAGAAGGUAAGAUCAAUAACAAUAUCUGCAAAUAUGAAGAGACUCGUAGAGAGUCUUCAGGUGAUCAUUCAGUUAGGUUCUGGACUAAUGGUGGAUUAUUAGGACUUGAGCCCUCAAAACCUCCUGACUUUAACAUGUCGAGUUCUUUAAGUCAAGGGUCUUCGAGCACAAAAAGUGAGAUGGAUUCUGGUUCACGUCAUAAUUCAAUGCAAAAAAGCAAUGCUUUUAAAAAGGAACGGGAAUUAUCAGAUGAAGUUGCUGAACAGAUUCAAAAGGAAUCAAGUUCUAGAUUCUUAUCAUCAAGCCAAAAUGAUGACCAAGCUUGUACCUCUGCUAAGAUCUCUGGCUGUAAUCAGCUGAGUAAUGGAUCUGAUCAAACUGAGAGGAACACUUUGGGGGAAAUCAAGGUAAUUGCACCCGGAAGUGUUCUCCCAGCUGCCCCUGACAAGAAGGAUAGUGCUGAACCCAACCUGGGAAAUGGUGAAAACUCAUCGCGGGUGUUUGGACUUGGUCAUAGAUUAUUAAUAAAUAGCUUUCACCGGAAAGUUUCUUUUGAUGAAAAAUCUGGACCUUAUAAUUCUCUGAAAUCUGUUAUAUUGGAGCAGAGUGGACAAAAUGGUAUUGUUGGGCAAUCACUUCCCGAGACAACAACCUUCAAAGAGAAAGUUGGUUCUGGAUAUCCUAUAGAUUCGCUUCCUCCUUCACCGCCACUUGAACAUAUGAAAAUAUCAUUCCAUCCUGUCAGUGGACUUGAGGCUUCCAAACUAAAACUGAAAUUUCCUGAUGGCAGUAAUCAUCAUGAUAGUGUAAGGGAUAUGUUUCCUUCGUACCAGUUGGUCCCAGAUUCUUCCAUUCCUCUGGAUGAUUCCGCCUCUCAUUCUGAUGACGAUGACACUUUUUGUAAAUCAUCUUCUUAUGUUUCAGAUGAUUGUCAGAGCGCCCGCUCUGACUAUAAUUCUGAUCAGUGGGAAUCUGAUGAAACUCCUGAAAGCAGUGACCAUGGUGUACAUGAUUCUCCUCACAGAAGGUCAUCAACUGAAUCUAUGUUAAGUGCAAAAGAACAUGGUGGAGUGUCCAACGAUGAUACCAAUGUAAUAAGUGGACAUGGUACAUAUACUACCAAUGUUGUGGAACCUUCUUUAUCUGGCCCUUUACUUGAUUUUCCAAGUUUUGAUAAUGUGAAUCCCGUACUUGAGAAAGAAAGUAGUAAGCAUUCCAAAUGCAAUGAUGCUGUUGUGUUGCAUAGUCAUGCAGAGCCUCCUCCACUACUACCACCACCACCACCUCCUCUUCCUCCAACGCUAUGGUGUGUCUCAAAACCACAGUUGGAUAUGACAAAUGGGACACAAAAUUAUAUGUAUGAAGAUGCUGAACAUAUCAAUUAUCAAAGUCUUCCAGAAUCUACCAUCUUGCAGCAACCUAGGCUUGCUGAGGUUGAGCAAAUACAAAUCAAUCACGAUGGUCAUGAGUCUUAUGACAACAUUAUACAUAAACUGAAGGACAAGCCUUUCCUGCAGCUGGAUCAGAAGAAGUUGAAUCAUCAGAAGGAAGCAAAUCAGUUGAUAAUGGGAAAGGAAAUGGAUGAAAGAGAAGAUUUCCUAUAUCAAAUCAGAACGAAAUCCUUCAACCUGAGGCCCACAGUAACAGGAAAGCCAAAUGAUACCACUGGUCCCACUGCCAACGUCAAAGUUACAGCAAUUUUAGAGAAAGCAAAUGCAAUCCGUCAGGUUGUUGCAGCGAGUGAUGAUGGCGAAGAUGAUGAUAACUGGAGUGAUACGUGAUUUUUAUUUUAUUUUUUUAAAUAUUUUUUAAUUUUCAUACAUGAAUAGUUCUCCAUGUUAUAUAGCCUCUUGCAGUCACGUUGCAUGAGGCUUUGUUGUAUGUACGCAUGUGUGAAUAAAUCUUGUGUAUGUAUUAUUAAGUAUAGUGCAGCAGCAGCUAGUUUCUCUAAUUUUAUUUUCAUUUGAA